AUGAACAUGUCUGGCUCCGGAUCUUCUUCUGAGUCAGUGAGGGAAUUCAUCCUUCUGGGUUUUUCCUGCAACAGGGAGAUUCGGGUUGUCCUGUUUAUGUCCUUCUCAAUUGUCUACCUCCUGACUCUCGUGGGAAAUGGAGCCAUUAUCAGUGCUGUGUGUUGGGACCAGCAUCUCCACACACCCAUGUACAUACUGCUGGGGAAUUUUGCAUUCCUGGAGAUCUGGUAUGUCAAUUCCACUGUUCCAAACACACUGAUCAACUUCCUCUCAGAGACCAAAACCAUCUCUAUCACUGGCUGCUUCCUUCAAUUAUACUUUUUCUUUUCCACGGGUUCCACGGAGUGCUUCUUUCUCUCAGCAAUGGCCUUUGAUCGCUACUUUGCCAUCUGUCAUCCUCUGCAUUAUGGCACACUUAUGACAGGGCAAUGUUGUUUCAACCAAGUGAUAUCCUGUUGGGUGUGUGGCUUUCUCUGGUAUCUGGUACCUGUUAUUCUCAUCUUCCAACUGCCUUUCUGUGGUCCUAACUCAAUUGAUCAUUUUGUAUGUGACUCGGGCCCAUUGCUGACCCUUCCAUGUGCUCCUGCCCCUGUGUCCAAGCUCAUCAGCUAUACCCUAAGCUCCCUCAUCAUCCUCCUGAGCUUUUUUCUCCUCCUCUCCUAUGUCCUGGUUCUACUUGCUGUGCUUCUGUUGCCCUCAGCAUCUAGUCAGCAUAAAGCCUUUUCAACGUGCGGAUCCCAUUUGUCUGUGGUGCUGCUAUUCUACAGGACCAUUAUGGUGAUGCAUGUGAGCCCUGGAUCCAGCCACUCUACCCUGAUGCCAAAGAUCAUGACCUUGAUCUAUGCAAUGGUGACUCCACUCUUCAACCCUUUGAUUUAUAGUCUCAGGAAUAAGGAAAUGAAAAAUGCUCUCUGGAAAGUUCUAGAAAAGUUAAAAUGUCUUUAA